AUGGCAUGUUGUAAGAAUUUUUGUGUUCCAUUAGCCAGGAAGUUGCAAGUGCUCGGAAUUGGUCUCAUCUUCAGAUUAUGCGUACUGUAUGUUGGUAAGUGUGAACUCAAAUCGUCUAUUGAGCGAUCUCGCCGCAUAUGAUGGCCAUUUUGAUCCUUCUACUGUCUUUUUUUUAUAUAUUAUACAUGAUUUUAUCUUACAGUAUGCACGGCGCAUUAUGAUCUCGUUGCGAAAGAUUAUGUCCUUGAUUUCGAAGUCCUCGGGAUCUCAUUCCUGACCUACUCCUUGGUUGUUAUCAUCCUUUGUGGCUUGAUUAUGAUGAUGGAUGCGGUUAUAUUAUUCUUGUCAGUAGUCAAUCCGUAUUCGGCAUUUCGAAUGAUUUUCGUUACAUGGAUGGUCCAUGGGCUCUUGAUCUUACCUAUAAUUGGAAGCGGUGGGUUCUUUUUCAACAAAAUAAGACCUUAUUUGGCCAACUAAAGGCACUUUUCAACGUAAUAAAGCGCAAUUUUGGGUCCCGCCACGAAAACUUGGAAAUCUCUAAAAUUGAAAAUUCUAACUAUAAGAUUACUUUCAGACUCCGAAAAGCCUCAAAUAUUCCUCUUUAGAAACAAAUAUCUAUUAUUCUAGGCUUAUACAUUGGCUAUUCGGCGGAUCUCACCUCCAACAAUUAUAAGGUCGAUUGGAUGGACAAGUACAAGGAAUUGGAUGAUGUCUGUUCCUAUGAAAACGCAACAACGGACAACUUUUUACUCCUGGAGGAAGUCAGAUUGCUCGCUGAGACAUUGAGUGUUGUUGAGAGCGAAGUCCGAUGUUGUGGAUGGCAUGGACCUGAUGAUUAUACGACCAAGUUCUGCCCCAACUUACAUCAAGUAAGGUCUGGUUGGGAUUAGGAAAUGUUUGAUAGGAUGUUAUUUGGCUUAAAAUUUAUCGAUUUUUUAUGACAAAAAAACAUUGUAUCUUAAAAAAUAGCAAAAAUUGAGAUUUUUUUGAAGGGUAGUUCUUCAAAGGCUGAAUAUUACAGUACACCAGCCAUCAAUUCCAAGUAAAAUUUUUUGUCGUAAUUUUCUUUCCAAUCUCGGCAACACUGUAAAAAGUUCUUUUUCUUGCUCCAGCUGCAUCUCAAACCUUUGCUGACGACCAGAGAUUGCCACGGUCAAAAUUUUGGCUCCGGCUCCGGCUCUUAGCUCCCAGAGCCGGAGCCGAGGCCAAAUUUGCAGCUCCGGCUCCGGCUCUUGGCUCCGUGCAAAAUUUAAAUAGGCCUCCGGCUCCUAAGCAAUAUGUUUUUUUUUAAAUAUUUUUCCAAAAGUAAAACUUAUUAGUGCCAGAUAUCAUACAGCCAACUUUUUUGCAGUCAAGUCACAUCCUCCGCAGUGUUUUUCAAGCAAUUUGGUUUAACAAGAUCACGAAAUUUUUACUUUUCUGACCGCUGGGAAGCCUGGCUCCGACUUUGGGCUCGGGAGCCGGAGCCGACCCCAAAAUUUCCGGCUCCGGCUCUGGCUCCCGGCUGGGAGCCGGAGCCGCUCAGAGCCGGAGCCAAGAGCCAGCUCCGGAGCCGUGGCAAUCUCUGCUGACGACUCGACUUUUCCAGAACAACACUGAAUUUCCCUGGUGGGCCCAAGCAGAGAAUCAAACCUACCCCUAUAGUUGCUGUCCAGACAUCAAAUUUGGCGUGAAUUGCAGUAUUAAAGACCAUCCGAAAUGGUUCAAGAAUGGCUGUAAAGAAGAGUUCUACGAUUUUGUCUACAGAGUGCUUUUGGUAAGUCAUCAUUUUGAAGUUAAAAAAUUUUUUUUUAAAAUGUGAUAUUUGACUUAUAGGCUAUUAAUUAUUUGCAAUUGGCUAGCGAGCUUGUGGCUUUCGUCCUCCAACUAUGGUUCCUCUUUUUGAUGAGAAAUGUGGAAGUGCCCCAAGAAUUCAAGGUAAGAGAAGUUAGAAAUGUUUUUUUAUUUUUUACUUUUUAGCAAAUGUCAUCGGAAGAGGACGAUGCGCAACAAAAACUGGAGAAGUCUCCGUUGGUAACACACGCCGAGAGCUCCAAAAUUCGAAAAAUAUCGAGCACCAGUUCUGUUUCAUCCACUCCUGUGGACAUGAGUUCAAGGAGAAAAUAA